AGUUUAAACCAGUUUGUCUCUGCGAGAAGAGAUGGAUGAGUUCGACAUGGAAGAACUCAACGAGACGUUCGCAGAAAGCGGGUUUUUGAAUGUUUUUUUAAAUACAAGUAAUGUUUCGACGAAUUUUAACGAUAGUUCGUUAUCGAAUGUAAACGACAAUUAUUUCGAAGAAUUUGGAGAAGAUAUACUAUUGCCUAAAUGGAUUAUUGGGUUAUAUUUUUCUUUUGUUUUGAUUGGUACUGGGAUGGAUUUAGUUUAUGUUUUGGCACUUUUGAAAAAUAAAAGAAACGGUACGUUCUCGUUGAUACUCCAACUAACGCUUAUAGACGCCGUCAGUCCGUUUUUAGCGACAAUCGAGAUUUUGACAAUCAAUGAUCGUACAUGGACGUUUUCACCUAAAACAUGCCCGGUAUAUAACGGCACUGAAAUCCUAUUGAAUUCUCUACAACUUUGGAUAAUAAUAUGCAUGAAUUUUCACGUAAUAUCGUUAUGGAAUCUAUUUAAAAACGAAUCUCAAAAGAAAACGAAGAAUCCUUUGAUCUCCUGCGACGACGAAUCCAACGAAUGUUUGGUUACCAAAAGGGAAAAUACGAGGGUGAUGUGUAUAGAUUAUAGAAGAAGAAGAGAUGACGUAUCGGUUGCGAUACCGAGUAUUUUAAUAUGGUUGUUUUGUACGUCUUUAAGUAUUCCGAGUUUUACGUUUUCGUCCAUUUUGAAAUUGAAACAGAAUUUCGUUGUGUGCGCUCUUGUCGAUAAAUAUUACGAUCACAUGUUUCAAAUUUUGUUACUAGUUUUUCGAGUGUUAUUACCAGUGCCGCUACUUUUGUUUUCUUUGAUAUUUCUGAUCGUUAAGUUAUCGAAAACUUCCUUGAAAGAUAUCAAACAUAUUCUAACCAAAGAUUUCGCCGAACUUAGAAUAUUAUUAAUAUUUUGCGUUUGUUUAACUAUUUUAUAUCUGUGCACGUCUUUCCAAAGGAAUUUAUUUCAGUUUUUACACGUCAAUUCUCACGUUUUAUACGAUUUAUCGGAGAAUUUUAAGGUGCCCCCCCUGUAUAAUAACCACCUCGAUAUUACUAGCAAUAUGAGUUUAACGAUGCUUCAUUAUAGUUGUAAUACUUUGAGAGCGGUGUUGCUACUUUAUCUUCUACCAGAUUUCAAAAAUUUGGUUAAAAAAUCUGUUUUUGGUUGUAAAAAACGUUAAUUAAUAAAUAAUUUCUAGUUAUAUACAUUUUUUUUUUCAAUAUCUGAUUAAUGUAAUAUACAAGGUGUUUCUAAAUUCGAGGGACGAACUUCAGGAAAUGAUUACUCCCAUGAAAUUAAGGUGGGGUUUAAUUCGUUCCGCCCCUUUCCGAGAUACCACCCUUAAAAUAUGGCGACUGAAAUUGAGUUUGGAUUAGAUGUUGCCAGAUCGGUCGAUAAAUACGAAUGACUUUUAACGAUGUUUAUAUUAAUUUUGAAAACUUAGUUUUAAUUUUAAGUGAUUUUUUUUAUAUUGUCGAAAAUUAAUGAUCCAAAUUUCAAAUCUUUCUUAAUAAAUAAUAGGGUUUUAAUAAAAAUAUAACCUGACGUUAAUAACUUUAAUUAUACGAAUUAACAAGUGACUUUCCAUAUGAAUAUUCAAAUAAAAAAAUAUUGAUAAUCAAUUUAAAUAUAGGCAACACUGUAGACACAAGUCCGUAGAAUUGGAAACUAAAGCGACAGAGACAUCUGUUGAUUUUAUUUAUGGCUAUACGUUGGGCAAAUUUCUAUUGGACUACAGAAGUGUGACGUCACAAUCGUCAUAGGGCAGGUCAAGGAUCACUUUCCGAACAAACAGUGUUGACGAUCUUAUUUCGUAUUUUCUUUGAUGAAUUUUGCAUAAAAUUACCUCGUCAGUAUUAGUAAUUACGUUAUUUAUUAUUUUCGAAAUAUAUUUAGGUUCUUAUACUGUUAAUUAGGGAUGUUACAUUUAUGUUUAACAUUAAUAGGUUAUGAUUUAGAAUCAAAUCUUCACUGUAAUGUUUACAGUAUGGAACAAAAUAAAUCACCAUCUCGUACAACAAAAAAACUGAUGAAAAUAAUUUUAUAGAACACAAACUUUGUUUGGAAAGUGAAUUAUGACGACGGCGGACGUGACGUCACGUUCCGGUUGCCUAUCGCAGACACGUAACAGCGCGGUGUUGUCAUAUGUUUCGUGAAAAAAUCUUUAUAAAAUAUUUUUUUUUCAAUAUUUGAUUGUUUUAUUUCGAAUAAUAGAUUUCUAUUGCGAAUUCGCGAGGAAUUAUAUAAAAAAAAUUAUUUUUUUCGUAAUUUUUGAAAUAAUUGUUAAUUAAAAUGAACUUACCUUUACUGAUGAAUGUCUGGAUAAUAUCACUGCCCGUUUUUUCGAAAAUGUGAAAUUAGGAAUUAAAAAGAGGGUUUUUUAUAAAAAUUAUUUUUAUUUAAAAAGAAAAAUAGAUUUAAGCGUUAUUGUAAUUUAUUUGUAAAGGCAUUUCAACCACACACUUUGUUUGAAUUAUGACUUAUGAUGAUAAUAUGGCGGACGUGACGUCACAUUCCGGUUGGCUAUUACAGAUACGUAAUAACGCGGUGUUGUCAUAUGUUUCUUGAAAAAAUCUUUAUGAAAUAUAAUUUUUUUUUCGAUAUUUGAUU